AUCCUCUUGGCUCUUGUACGACGUUUUUAAACGCGCUGUUCCUACCUCUUCACUGUCAGAAGCACACUUCGUUCCGCAUUUAUGUUCAAGCGGAUUCGAUACAUAGCGACGACUGCGAUCUGUCCCACGGUGUCGAUUUCUCCACCGCCGCUGGCCCACGUCCUGCCACUUCCAUAACAGUGGGAGACAGAAGCACCGCCGCAACCAUCGACGCGUUCGCCCUAGAUGGAGGCAGCCCGACGGACCGCGUGACCGAUCAACCCACACUCAACCUAACCACCUUCCCCGUCGAGCUCCUUUGCGAAGUCUUCUCCUACCUCAUCUGGUCUCGGCAAGCAACAGACCUCGUUGCCGCGACACAGGUGUGUCGACACUGGCGCAUCGCAGCGCUCAACAACCCCCUACUCUGGCGACACGUCUCGGUAACAAGCGUUCACAAGGCACAGGAGUAUUUCAAACGCUCGCGAGACGUCAUUCUAGACGUCCAUGUCGCAAGGUCUUGCGAUGUUGAUGGGAUCGUUCAUCUCCUCCGAUGCCAUAGCGCUCGUAUACACUCACUUCACAUUGAUGUGGAGUCAGACGACCCCACUGUUGCAGCUCGUUAUCUGGAACAAUUGUGUCAACUGUCUAUCCCAAGGCUUGAGCAACUCUAUCUCGAUGGACCGCCCUUACCCCUGACGGAGCCAUCGCUCACUGCUUCAGAGCAGGAAGACUUGACUGCCGUUCCGGUAUGCAACGGUCUCGCAAUGUCAUCUCCGGCUCCUCUCCUGCGUUCCCUGCGCCUGCGCCCGUUUUGUCUACCAUGGCACUCCUUGAUGUAUCGGGAUCUCCGGACUCUCGAUCUGGACGCUUCCGCCAACCCUGCACCUUCAAUGAACCGCUUGUUAAACAUCCUACAUCAGUGUCCACUACUGAAGUCGUUCAGGCUGCGCUCGUCAGCUCUCGAAGGGGCGUCCCAACUCUCCCAAGCGGACCCCGAGUGGAUGGUACACCUGCCCCAUCUUACGGAUAUUCACUUGGAUGGUCCUUCGCCCCACCAGAUUGCGCAACUGUUGGAGCACCUCGCUCUUCCGUCGACGACCCGCUAUGUCAUUUCAACCACCGAGACACCCACCUUCCCAUCACAAUACCCCGUGCUCCCUGCCGACCGGACAUUCUUGUUCGGGCUAACCUGUCUCCGCGCUAUCGAUUUUACCCAAGAGGAUUCGAAGCACAUCGUAGUGACGGGAUACCGUUUCUCUCUCUCCGACGAGGGUCCGAUCAUCAUCGUCCAUGUCGAAGUCACAGAUCCUGCCGCCGCAGUCACGAGGCUAUCAAGCAUCUUCGACGCGAAGCACGUCGAGUCUCUCGCCAUCUCCCUUCACGAAACGGCCGAGGUGCCGCUAGCAAACUGGCACGCGGUCUUCUCAGAUUUCGUGAAUUUGCGCUCACUCCAUCUUGCGUCCCUUACGAACAAUUCGCUUCGCUCCGUCCUCGGCGCGCUCCGGAUGCCAGUCCUGCCCGACCACUCACGGGUAUAUUCACGGCAUCGCGCCGUCUCUGUUCCCAUGACGCCCACGGACGCCACCCAUCCGCCGUCGCUCUUGUUCUGCUCGAAGCUCGCGCGGUUAGUGAUCUCGAAUGCUGAGCGACCAAGCCGCAUAUCGACUGAUGUGACGUGGCUCUGCGCGGAGCGUCGGCGGAGAGGGCGGGCGCUCUCGAGCGUGGAAGCAGAUCCCGACACCCUUUCGGAGAAGUGUAUAUCUGAUCUUCAGGCCCGUGGCGUAGAUGUUUUGAUUCGACAAUGAGGUUAACGUCUUUUGUUGUAUAUGUACCCUUCGUAGCCAGAUUUUAGUACCCUAGAUACGGAUGGACU